AUGGAGCUAUUCAUUGACAGAGUUGACAAGACCGUCACGUUCGGUAUUGAUCUAUACUCCUUUGAAGUCAAACCCGAUCAAAUAUUCCAUGGAUUUAAGAAUAUUCCUCGAAAACCACAUGUGCAUGUAGUACAUUUCCAACACUCCAACGAUGGCGUGCGAUAUGGGUACUUCUUUGAGAGUGAUUCCAAUGUGAGCGUUCAAUUUGAAUACGAUGCAGCGGACGAGAUUUUUGUACCCCGUAUCAUAGAAACCGAACAGCAGAAAACAGAUGCCUAUAAUAAGUUUCAGGAACUGAAUCCUUUCAUGGUGCCUUAUCCGUCGAUAGACGAAGAGGACACUUGGAAUGUCUUGUCAAACCAUAUCAGAAUGCUGGACCUAAGGUACAUGGCCAGCUGCAGCGACCCUUGUGUGUACAUGGACUCUGCAAUCACCACGAAGGAAGAAGAGGGUAUUUUGAGCCGCACUCUGGCCUCCAGUGGACAUCAAGCUGGAGAUGUGACGUCUGCGGGUCUGGUGAUGAAGUACACGCCCAUCGUAUUCAAGUCCAAAGAGGCCAUGCGUGACGAAUUCAAGAUGCACGAUUUUUUUGACAAAAGCUACUAUCUCAACGACGUUAUCCUGGCGCGGUUCCACCACAACUCGAUUCUCUCACUCAUAGGGGAGCUGCAGUGUGCCUUUCUGAGUGCCAUGCUUUUUGGCAAUUACGGUUCAAGCUUGCAAUGGCACAACAUCGUGGAACUGAUUGCAUCAAGCUCCACGGUGAGCCCGAAAGUGCUUUUGCAACUGGACAGUCUACUGGCACGCCAGCUGGCAGUAGUGCCUGACUUCUACGCAGACAUGUUGCUGAACGAAGACGCAUGGGUCCGGAUUCUCGCUAGUGUGCAUCACGGAAAGGCGCUGGUUCUGACACGUGAUGCGGCUCACAGAUUGUGGCCGCAUUUGAACGAAGAUGAAGAAGAAGCCGAGCAUGGACUUGCACAAGUUUUGGCCGGUGACGAAAACAUGCUGCACAAUUUGGGAGAUUCUGAUGUGGAUUCUGACGAACCUGUGGUUGUAGAAAGAAUAAUCUACAGACACACAUAA